AGAAACUACAUCUGUCUAUGAUCUCCUCCAUAUCCAGUUUCCUGUUCUCAAUGGAACAAUUAUUUGAUCAAAUCCUCAAUUCUUAAUAUUCUUAGUCUUGGUCUAAUCUCAACUAUCAAUUGCUAGUGUAUGGGAUCAAGAAUUUAGAGGGAGAAGUGUAAAGAUUGAAAUGAAGAGGAAAACACCAGAAAUGGAGAACGGAUCAGAGAUAAAGUGUGCUAUUGAAGAGCUCUCCAUGUUUGGCAAACUUAAGCUUGGUGAUGAUCCUGGAUCUGCCCAUAUACCCACCAAGCCUUUUCUUCAUCUUUGCCAAGUGAUGCUUCAUGUUCUUGAUAAGAUUGGCCCAACAAUGGCUGUUCUUAGACAAGACAUUCAUCAAAACAUUGAGAGGUUGGAGAUGCUCUGUGAGUCUGACCCUUCAAAGUACUCAAAUCUGGUGGAGAUGUUGAAGACAGAAGACAUUGAAGGAAAUUCAAGAAAGGGUACUAGCUGCAGCAAAGCCUUUCUCUGGCUCACCAGAUCAUUGGACUUUUCAGUGGCUUUAUUACAAAAAUUGAUGAAGGAUCCUGAGGAAAACAUGGAGAAAGUGGUUGAAGAAUCCUAUGAGAUCACUUUGAAACCUUGUCAUGGAUGGAUUUCAUCAGCUGCUUUUAGGAUAACUCUAAAAUUAUUACCGGAUAACAAAAACUUCAUUGCUCUCCUCAAAGACAAGGAUGAAAGCUAUGAUACCCUCAAAGAAGAUAUGGAGUCCUUGGUUUCAUUGCUCGCGCCAAUUCUAGAAGAGAUCCACUCUAUUCUUAGAUUUUAUAAGUUGGAAAGGUUCAAACCCAUCUAAGGAAGAUCACGUAUGGAAACAAAAGCAAAGAUAACUGGAUGAAGCUUGCCUUAUUCAUAGCUCUCAAUCUUCUCUGGUUUCAUUUCAGUCCAAAUGUGAAUAUAUAAGUGGCUUUGACAUUGAAAGCAAAAUCUGAUGUGAUACAAAUUAAAUUUUUCUGUAAUAU